GGCACGGAAAAAAGGCAAGAUGGCGACUGGAGGGCUGUGCGCGAGAAGCAGCAGAGAACUGUGGACCAUUCUGUUGGGCAGAUCAGCUCUGAGAGAACCAGCUCAGAUUGAGGAAGAGUUGAAUAAACACUGGCGGAGGCUGCUCGAAGGACUUUCUUACUACAAGCCACCCAGUGCAAGUUCAGCCGAGAAAGUGAAAGCUGACAAAAAUGUGGCUGCUCCGCUGAAGGAGUUGGGUCUGAGAACCAGCAAGUUCUUGGGUCUGGAUGAAGAGCAAAGUGUGCAGCUGUUACAGUGUUUUCUUCAAGAAGAUUAUAGGGGGACCAGAGACUCCUUAAAGGCUGUUCUGGACGACGAAAGGCAGAGUCAGGCUUUGAUACUGAAGCUUGCUGACUAUUACUAUGAAGAGCGGAUCUGUAUCCUGCGCUGUGUCCUCCAGCUUCUCACAUAUUUCCAGGAUGAGAGACACCCUUACAUGGCCCAGUAUUCUCAUUGUGUGGAAAAACUGGAUAAGGAGCUGGUUCCUAAUUACCGGAAGCAGUUUGAGGAGCUGUACCAAUCCGAAGCACCCACAUGGGAGACCCAUGGAAGCCUAAUGACCGAGCGGCAGGUGUCUCGCUGGUUCAUGCAGUGCCUCCGGGAGCAGUCAAUGCUGCUGGAAGUCAUUUUCCUCUACUAUGCCUACUUCGAGAUGGCAGCAGAAGAGCUGUUGACUUUCACCAAAAUGUUCAAAGAUCAGGGGUUUGGCUCCCGGCAGACCAACAGGCACCUAGUGGAUGAAAGCAUGGAUCAUCUCGUGGAGCGCAUUGGGUACUUCAGUGCUCUCAUUUUAGUGGAAGGCAUGGAAAUCGACUCUCUGCAUGAGCGUGUGUUGGAUGACAGGAAAGAGGAGCAUAAAUUCUCUGGCACCGGGCAGAUCCGCCAAGAGGUGGACUGUUUGCUGUUAACUCUGGGGGAUGUCACACAUCAUGCCCCGGUUCUCUUGGCCUGGGCUUUGCUGCGCCACAUGCUGAGCCCCGAAGAGUCUCCUAGCACGAUCAGAAGGAUGGGCAGCACAGCUAUUCAGCUGAAUGUAUUUCAGUACCUCACCAAGCUUCUCCGAUCGAUAAGCAGCGAGGGAAAUUGCAUCGCCAGCACAGCCUGCAUGUGCAUUUAUGGCCUGCUCUCCUUUGUCCUGACCUCCUUGGAGUUGCACACAUUGGGCAAUCAGCAGGACAUAAUAGAUACAGCGUGUGAAGUUCUGGCUUCUUCUAGCAUUCCUCCACUGUUCUGGAAAACAGAGCCAAGUGCAGGUCUGGGCAUUAUUUUGGACAGUGUCUGCGGGAUGUUCCCCCACCUUCUCUCUCCUCUUCUGCAGUUACUCACAGCCCUUGUGUCUGAUAAAUCUACAGCAAAAAAGGUCUAUAGCUUCUUGGAUAAGAUGUCCUUCUACAUAGAGGUCUACAAGCACAAGCCUCCCGAUGUAGUCUCUCAUGAAGAUGGUACCCUGUGGCGAAGGCAGGCGCCGAAGCUGCUCUAUCCCCUUGGGCUGGGCCAGACAAACCUACGGAUACCUCAAGGAACAGUGGGCCAGGUGAUGCUGGAUGACCAGGCCUAUUUGGUACGAUGGGAGUACUCCUACAGCAGCUGGACGCUGUUCACUUGUGAGAUUGAGAUGCUGUUGCAUGUAGUGUCGACUGCUGAUGUCAUUCAGCACUGCCAGAGGGUUAAGCCGAUCAUUGAUCUAGUUCACAAAGUCAUUAGCACUGAUGUGUCAAUCGCCGAUUGUCUCCUGCCCAUUACUUCACGGAUCUACAUGCUGUUACAAAGGCUGACUACUGUUAUUUCUCCCCCGGUUGAUGUUAUUGCUUCCUGCGUCAACUGUUUGACCGUCCUAGCCUCUCGGAUGCCUGCAAAGGUUUGGAUGGAUCUUCAUCACACAGGCUUUUUACCAUUUGUUGCCAAUCCGGUCUCUAGUAUGAGUCACAUGAUCAGUGCAGAAGGAAUGAAUGCUGGAGGCUAUGGCAGUCUGCUGAUGAGUAUUGAGCAGCCGCAGGGCGAAUACGGUGUGACGACCUCCUUCCUGAAUUUAGUCAUGACACUCGUACGGGGGCAGCUUGGCAACACCCAAAGCCAAGGUCUGGUGCCGUGCAUCGUGUUUGUCCUGAAGGAGAUGCUCCCCAACUACCACAAAUGGCGCUACAACUCCCAUGGAGUGAGAGAGAAAAUUGGUUGCCUUAUCCUGCAGCUGAUCCAUGCUAUCUUAAAUCUGUCCCCUGAGAUGGAAACUCAGAGCAGCGGUGCCCCUAGCCUGCAGUCCCUCUGCAUCUUCAGCCUGGCCAACACGGAAGCAGGACAGGCUGUCAUAAAUAUCAUGGGCAUUGGUGUGGACACCAUUGAUAUGGUGAUGGCGACACAGUCCAGCAGUGAUGAGUCUCAUGGCCAGGGCCAGCUGCUCAUCCAGACAGUGAAACUGGCGUUCUCUGUCACCAAUAACGUCAUCCGGUUGAAGCCGCCGUCCAAUGUGGUGUCUCCUCUGGAACAUUCCCUUACGCAGCACGGUGCCCACAGGAACAACCUGAUUGCUAUCUUGGCCAAAUAUAUCUACCACAAACACGACCCUGCCUUGCCACGCCUCGCCAUCCAGCUUCUGAAGCGGCUUGCCACAGUUGCUCCAAUGUCUGUCUAUGCCUGCCUUGGGAAUGACGCUGCUGCCAUCCGUGAUGCCUUCCUGACACGCCUGCAGAGCAGAAUUGAGGACAUGCGAAUCAAAGUCAUGAUUCUCGAGUUCCUCACCGUUGCUGUGGAAACGCAGCCUGGCCUCAUUGAGCUGUUCCUCAAUCUGGAAGUAAAGGAUGGGACUGAUGGAUCAAAGGAAUUCAACUUAGGAGAGUGGAGCUGCCUUCACGUAGUUCUGGAGCUGAUAGACACCAAACAGCAGGAGCGAUACUGGUGUCCCCCGCUUCUCCAGCGAGCUGCCAUUGCCUUCCUUCAUGCCCUCUGGCAGGACCGCCGGGAUAGUGCUAUGUUAGUCCUCCGCACCAAGCCAAAGUUUUGGGGAAAUUUAACUAACCCACUCUUUGGAACCCUUCCUCCGCCCUCCGAAACGUCUGAGCUCAGCAUCUUGGACACCUGUGCCUUGAUCAUGAAAAUCAUUUGUCUGGAGAUCUACUAUGUAGUCAAGGGUUCUUUGGACCAAUCGCUGAAAGACACACUGAAAAAGUUUUCCACGGAGAAGCGCUUUGCUUACUGGUCAGGCUAUGUGCAGUCCCUGGCGUUCCACAUGGCAGAGACGAAGGACAGCGGCUGCACCUCUAUGUCAGAGUAUCAGAUGCUGAUCUCCGCAUGGCGGAUGAUGCUGAUUGUUUCUUCUAGCCACGCCGACAUCAUGCACUUGACUGACUCCGAAGUCCAGCAGCUGUUCCUGGAGGUCCUGAGUGGGACUGAGGCUUUGUUGCUGGUUCCCACCUCGGUGUGUUGUCUACAGCUGGGGUCCAUGCUGUGCACCCUCCUCUUAAUCCUGCUGAGACAGUGGAAGAGCGAGUUGGGCUCUGUGGAUAAAAUCGUCAAUUCCUUGACGAAGAUUCUGGAUGGAGUGCUGCAGGCAGACCAGCAGAUGAUGGAAAAGACAAAGGCCAAAGUGUUCUCUGCUCUCAUCACAGUCCUGCAAAUGAAGCAGAUGAAUGUGAGUGAGAUUCCUGAGUAUUCCCAGCUGGUGUUGAGCGUGUGUGAAACACUCCAGGAGGAAUCCAUUGCCCUUUUUGACCAGACUCGGCAUUGCCUGACUUCUGGGGACUCAACAGAUGACAAAGACAGCAUGGAGACAGACGAUGCCUCCCGGCAUAAGCAGAAAGACCAGCGAGAUGGGGUGUGUGUGCUGGGGCUUCACCUGGCGAAGGAGCUUUGUGAAGUGGAUGAGGAUGGGGAUUGUUGGCUGCAAGUUACCCGGAAGAUCCCACUGCUCCCAACUCUCUUCACCACCCUGGAGAUAAGCUUAAGAGUGAAGCAGAACCUGCACUUCACAGAAGCCUCGUUGCACCUGCUUUUGACCUUGGCCAGGACCCAGCAGGGGGCAGCAGCUGUGGCUGGAGCUGGUGUCAUGCAGAGCAUUUGCUUGCCUCUUUUGAGUGUGUACCAUUUGAGCAGUGAUGGAGCUGGUCAGGUGCCGGCAUCAUUGCGGAAAUCUCUGGAUGCCCCUUCCUGGCCAGGAGUCUAUCGCCUUUCCAUCUCCUUGAUGGAGCGCCUUCUGAAGACGUUGCGGUACAACUUCCUGACUGAAGCUUUGGACUUUGUGGGCGUCCAUCAAGAGAGGAUCCUUCAGUGCCUGACUGCAGUCCGGACUGUACAGAAUUUGGCCUGCCUUGAAGAAGCAGAUCAUACGGUUGGGUUCAUUCUUCAGCUCUCUAACUUCCUGAAGGAGUGGCACUUCCACCUGCCCCAGCUUCUAAGAGACGUGCAGGUGAACCUGUGUUACCUGUGCCAGGCCUGCACUUCACUUCUGCACAGUCGGAAAAUGCUGCAACACUACAUACAGACCAAGAAUGGAGAGCCCCUCCCGUCUGCCAUCCUGCCUCAUGUCCAGCGCCCCCCACAGACCUCUGCCAAACCUCCCAGUCCGGAGACAGAGGCUGCUGAGCAGAAGGCUCUGCGUGCUGUGCAGUACAGCCUCCUUAAAAUCCUCAGCAAGUCCCUCGCUGCCCUGCGCCACUUCACUCCGGAUGUCUGCCAAAUCCUUCUUGAUCAGUCACUGGACCUCGCCGAGUACGACAUCCUUUUCAUGCUGAGCUUCACCACUCCAGCUUUUGAUUCUGAAGUGCCCCCCUCCUUUGGGACCCUCCUGGCCACAGUCAAUGUGGCCCUGAACAUGCUGGGAGAACUGGAUAAGAUGAAGGAGCCUUUCACUAUGGCUGCAGGGCUGGCCACCCAGCAGGAGGGGAACAAGACCCUCAAGUCUCUUCUGAUGUUUACAAUGGAAAACUGUUUCUACCUGCUCAUCUCUCAGGCUCUCCGGUACCUGAAGGAUCCAGCAGUCCACCCACGAGACAAGCAGCGGAUGAAACAGGAGCUCAGCUCUGAGCUGAGCACGCUUCUUUCCAGCUUGUCCCGUUAUUUCCGCCGGGGUGGCCCCAGUUCUGCUUCUGUGAAUAUUCUCCCCUCUUCACAAGGGAAGUCUUCCUCAAAGCUAGGCCCCGAGGGGCAGGAGCCGCUCUUCCAGCUCGUCCAGGCCUUUGUUAGGCACAUGCAGAGAUAAGACCCCGUGUGCCAUUUUGAAAUCCCCUGUGAGUUCAUUUCCAUCAGCUUUUGGAUGUAGCCCCCCCCCCCAUCUGCCUUGCCUCAGCCAGGCAAAGGAAACUGAGAUGCCUUCACCAGAAGAGCACAACAUCUAGAGGAUGUGGAGUGGUCUGCAAACAGUGCCUCGUUCAUACAAAACGAGCCUUGUGUGUCAGGUAAACCUGAUGUGACUUUAUAAGUAUUGUUGAACUGAUUCCUUUUCAUAGCGCUUCUACAACUUGGGGAAGAAAAGCGGAUGGAGAGAAAAAGGUGGCUUGGAAUCUCUCCCCCCCCCCACCGCUACCCUGGAUUGGACAUUAAUUAAAUGUUGCCUCUUCUCUGGUGAUGCACAGGCCAAAUGAUUGAUUUUUGCCUAGAGAUCAUCUUUCAAGUGCUUUUUUUUUAAACUUACUGGACUAGUCAGAAAGCAAAGACAAGAUGUUUUUAAAGGUGACCACCUUCUCCUCCUGUACCAGUAUGAAUAUUGAAGUUAGAAUUCCACUGCUUUGUUAUCUCACAUUUUUGUACCGCCUAUUUCCUGUUUAUACUGAUUAAAAAGUGUAUUUCUAAGUGGUUGUGAAAUUCUAAAUUUCUCGAGUCCACUUGGUGUCAGGCUGCUGGUUAUUAUUAUUAUUAUUAUUAUUAUUAUUAUUAUUAUUAUUAUUAUUAUUAUUUCAACCCUGCAGGGCAAAGUAAUUCAUAGUAAAAACAGAAGAUUCAUCAAGCAGUGUGGGGUUAAGCCUGCUACAGAGCACUUCAUACCCUGCAUCCUUAAAUGUCACAGCUGGGAGCGAGCUGAUGCAUUAAAUUUGCAUGACAAAUGAGUAGAGUAGGUAGCUCUGGUUUCUGCAGGGUUUUGCAGUGGCCAUAUUCACAUAUAACUCUGAGAUAUGCUUCCAUUUUCCAGCUGACUUUCCUCAUAACCCUGGGACUUGGUGGGUAUCUGGCACGGAUCUGUGGCUUGAGUAGUAACAACAAACCAUGGUUACUUUGUGCUGGGUUUGUAGCUCAGUAUUUUGUGUGAAGCAAGCCCUUGACUGCAUGCUGUAUAACAUUUAAGGAACACCCCACUUAUGCACUGGGCAGAUUAUAGUGAAGGAGGGGGCUGUAUAUUUUUUUUAAAUAAGGGUGGUCAGGAGACAUUUGUUUUCCUUCUACCAGCCCCAAGUGAAAACAGAGGCUUUAUUUAGUCCAGCGGACUUAAGACUUAAGAACAUAAGAAGAGUCCUGCUGGAUCAGGCCAACAGGUGGCCCAUUCAGUCCCACAUCCUGUCCUCAGUGGUCAGCCAGAUGCCCCAACGAGAAACCCACUAAUACAGUUUGAGCACAAAAGCAGUCUUCCCUCUUCUGGCUCCCAGCAACUGAUAUUCAAAAGCAUUUACUGCCUCUAAUAAUGGAGGCAGAGCUCAGCUGUCAUGGUUAAAAAGAUAAAGGGACCCCUGGCCGUUAGGUCCAGUCGCGGACGACUCUAGGGUUGCGGCACUCAUUUCACUUUAUUGGCCGAGGGAGCCGGUGUACAGCUUCCAGGUCAUGUGGCCAGCAUGACUAAGCUGCUUCUGGCGAACCAGAGCAGCGCAUUGGAAACGCCGUUUACCUUCCCACCAGAGUGGUACCUAUUUAUCUACUUGCACUUUGAUGUGCUUUCAAACUGCUAGGUUGGCAGGAGCUGGGACUGAGCAACGGGAGCUCACCCCAUUGCGGGGAUUCGAAGCGGCGACCUUCCGAUCGGCAAGCCCUAGGCUCAGUGGUUUAGACCACAGCGCCACCCGCCAUCGUGGUUAGUAGCUUUCAAUAGCCCUCACCUCUAUGAAUUUGUGAUGGAGAAAAACCUCAUGUUUUGAUGAUUCCAUUUUCUUUUGAGCCUAUGGCUAAACUGAAAAGGGGCUGUGCCUACAUUUUACAGUACAGAACGAGUUGCUUUCAGGUACAGUAUAUAGCGAAUGUUCGUUCCAGAACACUGAAAACAAGAAACACUUAGAAUCUGUGGUGACCGCUGAAUGCAUGAAAAGAAAAUCAGCCAGGUAUGGCAGUUGUGCUCAAUCUUGAAAUGUUUUGUAGAUAGAUGAAAGAGGAUAUUGGGAGACAUUUAAUGAAUAGGGAAACCCGCAAAAUCUUAAUAAAGAAAAACGCUGAAAAAUGAUUACAGUAUAUGUUAUCACAUGAUACAGUGAGGUCUGAUCUGAGAAGCAAAACUAUUUUGAUUGGUUCAGGAUGAUGACACUAGGUUGCAACUGCAAAGAGUGUUGUGAUUUUUUGGUGAAUUGAAAUCACUUGUGUAAUCUGGAAGUGUGUAUGAAACAUUGCUUUGGAUGUGUUUUUUGGCAGUAGCAGCCUUAUUUUUGAGGCUGUCCCUAUAUGCAUUUGUAUUUCAAUAAAGGACUAUUCACUUGGAGCCAGCAUCCUUGUCUUUCGGGUUUCUGCAAGGGAUACCUUGCAGUCUUUUGUUUAGUCGUUUAGUCCUGUCCGACUCUUCGUGACCCCAUGGACCAUAGCACGCCAGGCACUCCUGUCUUCCACUGCCUCCCGCAGUUUGGUCAAACUCAUGUUCGUAGCUUCGAGAACACUGUCCAACCAUCUCGUCCUCUGUCGUCCCCUUCUCCUAGUGCCCUCCAUCUUUCCCAACAUCAAGGUCUUUUCCAAGGAUUCUUCUCUUCUCAUGAGGUGGCCAAAGUAUUGGAGCCUCAGCUUCACGAUCUGUCCUUCCAGUGAGCACUCAGGGCUGAUUUCCUUCAGAAUGGAUAGGUUUGAUCUUCUUGCAGUCCAUGGGACUCUCAAGAGUCUCCUCCAGCACCAUAAUUCAAAAGCAUCAAUUCUUUGGCAAUCAGCCUUCUUUAUGGUCCAGCUCUCACUUCCAUACAUCACUACUGGGAAAACCAUAGCUUUAACUAUAAGGACCUUUGUAGGCAAGGUGAUGUCUCUGCUUUUUAAGAUGCUGUCUAGAUUUGUCAUUGCUUU